GAUGAAAGUUGUGCUCCUGCUGCUGGGGGCAGCGUCCCUGGCGAGUGGGCAGAGCAACUACGCCAGCCAAGGAAACAGCAUCGAGUACAGCAACGAGGGACUACCGGAUUCGACGGUCCUCGAUGGAAGGGUCACUAAGCUGGACGACCUGUCCCCGGUCAUAUCCCUCAACAGGACCAAAGCUUCCCUUAAUUGCGCCGCUGGACAAAUGCAGAUCGAACUGCGAUUCGACGAACCAUUCUACGGCAUCGCUUACGCUGACUUCAACCGAGCCAGUGCCUGUCAGACGACUGGAACAGGAAACCUCACCGCUAGAAUUGACCUGCCGCUGAAAGGAUGCGGAACCAAACAAGAUCCUCAGCGCGUGUUCACUAACAACAUCGUGGUCAGGUUCCACCCCUCGUUGGAGAUGGAUGGGGACGAGGUGAUAACCAUCGUCUGCAGAUAUCCGCCUCCGGUUGCACCGCCUCCAGCUGGAGUACCUGGAUAUAUAAAAGAAGACCCGGUACCCGCUCUCCCUCUGGCACCGCCAUUGAAAGGAUUCCAAAUACUCUUGAUCAUCUGCGGAAUCCUCUUCCUCUCCCUGGUCCUUCUGGGACUGGGUUGCUCCUACUACCUUUUGAGGAGGAGGAGGGUUCAGGUUGUGAGAAGGCAUCCUCUGUCUACGGGAGGUACAGGAUCCGAAAUCACUAAACUGUCUGGAUCCAGUCUGGGAAAUAUUUCCAUGUUCGAAGGUCUCAAGAUUCCUCGAGCACAUGCCACCGGUGGAGGCAGCACCUCGGGAUCCGAAGCUGCUCUCAUCAGCGACACCCUACCAUCUGACUACCCGUCAGAGUCGCCAAGUUCGACACAUUCAGAAGUAGAACAUGUCGAUAGGAGAUCCCUAAGUUCAGGAGGUUCGUAUGAGAACAAGGCUUACAUACAAGACAGCUACUACACUGAAGAGAUAGCACAAACGACUGAAUCGCAAAUGCGACAUCUGGCUCAUAAGAGGCUGCCUCCAGAACCUAAGUUUGAUGUUCAAGUAAGAGUAAAGAAGGCUGCACCUCCACCCCCAACACCAACACCUCCACCUUCAGAAUCAGAAAUGAGUAUGAAGAUGACCGAACGCAACCUGACUACCAUCCUAGAAGAAGGAAGACCAGUGAAGACCACUUUCACCUACGUACCCGAAAUUCACAGUCCCCCCUCACCAGCCAAAUUAGUAUCUUCACCUCCAGUGUACUCCACAAUAAUUAGAAAGCAUCCUGCUGAGAGCAAGAAUGUCGCCAUGGUUGAAGAACGGUACAUGAGAGAAGACACAGUUGACUACAGGAGACCAUCCGUUGCCAGUGACCAUACAGAAAUGACUGAAUCCAGAUCAAUGACAGAAGUUGUAGAGCGUAUUCCUACCAAAAUAUCACCUCCACCUCCAAUAGUGCCCCAGAGCUAUAUGAGAGAGAGCAUGGAAGAAUCAGUAGAUGUAAUCGAACCUCCAGUAGUUGUGUCUAGAAGACCAGAAAUAAAAUCUCAUGUCGUUGAUGAUGUCUUCCUUAGAACAAUCACAGAAAAGAAGACAAUUGAAGACAUCGAAAGGACUAGACGACAGGUGACUGAUUACCGCAAACCACCUCCUGCGAAGUGGGAUGUCACCAUUCGCAACUAUCCUGGUCCGGAGGGACCAGGGGCUGAAGACUCGGCAACUGAUUGGGAAAGCUAUUCAGAGACUUCAUCAAUAUCAAACGUUCCAAACAUGCAACCUCAAUAUAGAGCGCAUAUGCAGAACUGGCAGCAAAGAAGGACAGAAAUAGAAAUGGAGAAUAUUUACAGGUCCAAAAUGAAUACACCACCGCCAGAAAAACCACAUAACUGGGACGUACUCUUGCGUGUCCUAGAGCCACCUCAAUACGAAUCUGCAGACGACAGAUCUGACGUAGAAAGUCUCGCUUCAGUUCUCACAAUUGAUGAUAAAAAGAAGUGGCAUGAAAUCAUCACCACAGAAUCAAACCUACGCACAAUGCUAAGUGAAGCAACAGUCAAAGAAGACUAUGAGAGAAUCAGAAAAGAUCAACGAUAUGAAAAAUUAUUCGAUCCACAAAAAUGGGACGUAAUCAUCCGAGUGCUUGCGCCACCUGCAGAGAAACCGCAGUAUGAUCAGCGUGGUGGUGGAGGCAGCAACAAGUAUAGGAGGAAGGCCGACUGGGAUACCCGCAGUAGAAGGAGCUCACUGCCAACGCUCUACGAAUAUGACUCCGAUGGUGGGUCAUCGAUGAGGACCUUGACAACGGAAGGAGGACACGGACCUGCCGUGGAUCCCCUCCGUUCUCGAAGGACAUCCAGAUCAUCAGAGAUGGACCUUCGCUCAAUGAGUGAGGUCACUGUUGACAUGAGAGCACAUAUUCCCGACAACGUGAGCGACGUCAGCUCAUACUAUCAGCGACGGUACUAUGAAGAGGACUACGAGGACGCCCGUAGCCUGCAGAGGUCGAUGAGCCAGCCUUCCUUGGCCAGGUCUGCGUCCGAGUUCACAGAGCACUGGGCUGUGCGAUCCCGCCACUGGGAGAGCCCAGAACACUCUCCCAAAUCUGCAAGAUCUUCCAGGACCAGAGGGUACAAGGUCUCUGAAGCCAGAUAUCAGAGAACUUCAGGAUGGUUCGGCGAUGCUGAGAGUGAAGCCAGCUACAAAUAA